GGGUGUUGACUUAUUGAUGUAGUCAGAGAGAAAGAAACGGGAAAAGUAAUUAAUAAAACAAGAAAGGGCUUACAUUCUUCAAAAACCAAUCAUUAACAACACACCUUUACUGGGACAGGACACAAAAACUGCAGAACAAAGGGCUGUUCCCUAUCAGAAAAAUAGUCUUUCUGUGAACGGGGAGCUGCCAAAACAUUUUCUGGAUAAUCUGAGCUCUCAGCAGUGAACAUGGAAUGGACAGCUUAACAACAAAAAUGAGUACAAAUUCCUCUAGGAGUUUUGGGACAUCCGGCAACAGUGUAAUAGAAACUGUGACCACCACUAGCAGACUGACAACCUUACCUCCCAGGGGCAGUAGUGGGGGCAGCGGCGGCGCAGGCAGUGGGCAGAGGAGCGUUUCUUCCAUGGAAAGACAAGUCACCUCACACGGCAACACUAGUUAUUUCUCAUCAUCUGGCGGGGGUGGCAGCUCAAAGGGGAAUUUCAGCUCCUCUGUGUCUCACCGAGGCCAGGGCUCCAACUCAUCACUUGCCUACUCCCCCAGCUCCACCCUCGAGAGGAAGGUCAUCGUCAACCGCCAAGGAGGAUAUGAAGAGAGUUCAAGUGGGAACUCUUCACCGGAGUACACAAGGAAAGAAUUCGGUUCAGUGUCAGGAAUCUCAGCCACUAGAGGGAGAAGUCAGAGCAGAGAAAGUGAAAUAAGAGCAAGAUUGCAGAGUGCCUCACCAUCCACCAGGUGGACAGAGCUGGACGAUGUCAAGAGGCUGCUGAAGGGGAGUCGCUCUGCCAGCGUGAGUCCCUCACGCUCAUCAUCCAACACCCUGCCCAUCCCUAAGAAAGCCACUGUGGAAACAUGGACCGUGACUGACAGUUCUCAGUCGGUUUCAGAGCGGUAUGACACAGCUAUCCUGAACUCUGCUCUGCCUUCCUACACAUGGAGCUCCACGCUCCCAGCAGGGUCUUCAAUGGUCAGUGGGUAUGGCUACCAAGCCAACGCCAACAACCUGUCUCCCAGCUCCUCCCUCAUGACUGCAAAUGCACUUUCCUCCGUGUCUGUGCAAGGAGUCCAGAACAACUUGGCUUUGAGCCCGGCUCCAUUGAGCAGCAGUCUAACCACGAGCUCCACAGUGUAUGGUGUUCAGAAUAACCUGGCUCACAGCACUACCCCUGUCCUGGGCAUCUCCAAUGGUACCCACAGCCCCACAGUGUACGCGAUGCAGAAGAAUGUUUCCGCAGCCUCUCAAGGACCUGCUGUGACUAGCACAGGAGUUUCUACCACUACAGUCUCGCAAAGCAGAGAUCAGAUCGACGAUGUGUUCCGGAAAGACUACAAGUUCCUGCUGCUGGAGAAGGAGAACAUGCCCAGCAAGAAGGAGACAGAGCUGCUCAUCAUGGCAAAAGACAGUGGCAAGCUCUUUACCACCACCGCCAGCAACGGAACCUGCAGCUCCUUUUCUGACGACACUCUGAAGAGAGAGAAGAUGAUGCUGUCCAGCUCUGCGGAUACUGGGCUGAAAGCUGAAACAAAUCCACACUUUGGGUCUUCCAGAACAGCAACAAAAGACAAGGCGACUUAUGCAGAGAUUCGCAAGGACGAUGAUUACGGCGGGGGCGGCGGCGGUGGAGAGGGUUGCUGUGGCGGAUCGUGCUGCAGCUGGUGGAAGUGGCUGCUGGGAUUGUUCCUGGGGUUGCUCCUCCUCCUGGGGUUACUGUUCGGACUCAUCGCCCUGGCGAGUGAAGUGAAUAAACUGAAGGAACGCGUGGCGGUUCUGGAGGGCUCUGGUCGGACCAGCCGUCUCACCUCCGUCAACAUCGAUGGCGCAGACCCAGCCUACUCUGAGCAAAUCGGAGCGAGAGGGUCUGCGAGAAGCAGCCUGGGCACUGGGGUGAACCUGGGCUCAGAUUCCACAGACUCGGACCUCCAGCUACAACGCACAGUGCAGCAGCUGCUGAGAGCAGAGCUACAGUCCGAUAAAGUCCGAGCUUCACUCGCAGUUCAGGGUGAAAGGGGAGCACCAGGGCCUAAAGGGGAUCCUGGUUCUCCAGGUGUGAGAGGAGAUGCAGGUUUUCCAGGAGUACCUGGUACUCCAGGAGUGAUUGGGCACCCAGGACCAGAAGGACCCAAAGGACAGAAGGGCAGCUCAGGUGAUCCGGGAUCUGAAGGGCUGGUGGGACAGAGAGGGCGGGAAGGCUUGCCUGGACCACGGGGCGAGCCCGGACCCCCUGGUUUUGGAGAGAAGGGAGACAAAGGAAGCCCAGGUGAUGCAGGACCUCCAGGGGUUGCAGGGUUCCCUGGGCCAAUGGGACACAAAGGUUCAAUGGGCAGUCCGGGACCUUCAGGCACCGCAGGCUCUCCUGGUCUGCAAGGGUUCCGAGGAGACACGGGGCUGCCCGGUCCGAAAGGUGAUAAAGGAUCAAUUGGACCAGCAGGUCCAAAGGGUGAUCAGGGGGAGAAAGGACCUCGUGGAUCUUCAGGUGACACAGGCUUGCGCGGAUUGCCAGGUCCCCAUGGAGAGGCUGGAGCUAAAGGGUCUGCAGGUCCUCCUGGUGCAGACGGACACAAAGGCCCCAGAGGUGACCAAGGACCGAUUGGUUUGCCAGGGAUCAGAGGACCAUCCGGUCCCCCAGGAGAUCCUGGCCUGCCAGGGCUUAGUGGAUCACAGGGACCUCCAGGUCUUCCAGGCAAUCCAGGUGUAUCUGGAUCCAAAGGUGAAGCAGGAGAGCCAGGCAAGAUCAUCAAUGCAGAGGGAUCCAAGGCUGUGGUUGUGCCUGGCCCACCAGGACCAGCAGGACCUCCCGGCCCAUCUGGCCCCACUGGACCUCCCGGACUCCCAGGUCCUAUUGGUCCCGCUGGAAAUCCAGGACAUCCAGGCUCAAAGGGAUCCCGAGGAGACAGGGGUCUGCCAGGUGAACCGGGUAUCACUGUGGAGACCUCCAGAUCAGUCAGCUCUACUAAGUUUCAACAGGAGUCUGGAAGUGUUCAAGGACCCCCAGGCCCGCCCGGCCCACCGGGACCUCCAGGCCAUGGAGUUCCAGGUCCUCCUGGCCCCAGAGGAGAUCCAGGUAUUGGCCAACCAGGAAUGCCGGGUGCCAAAGGAGAGCCAGGGAGCUUUGUGCCCAAUUCAGGAACAUUCUUUGCAGGACCACCUGGGCCAUCUGGACUUCCCGGGCCCAAAGGGUCAGAGGGUGAACAAGGACCAAGAGGAUACCCAGGUGAGCCAGGCCAGCCAGGUCUGCCAGGAAGUCCCGGUGGUGAUUCUGGAAGAGGCGAACCAGGUCCACCUGGAUCACCAGGGCUACCAGGUCCACAAGGCCCGCCAGGCCAAGACGGUCGAGAAGGUGCUAAGGGAGACAAAGGGGAUGCUGGAGUCCCAGGUGCUCCUGGAAUUCCAGGGGCAGCAGUAUCAAGAGGUGGUAACUCACGUGUCUAUCAGGGCCCCCCUGGUCCUCCAGGGCCCCCCGGAGCCCCUGGUACUCCUGGAUCUGGAUCUCCAGACUCACUGCCUGACAUUCGCCAGUACAUUACUGAUUAUCUUCAGAGUGAUUCUGUCAGGAACUACAUGACUGGACCCCAAGGACCACCCGGGCCACCAGGACCACCUGCAGGUGGCAGUGUUCCGGUUGAUGAUCUGGCGAGCCGUGUCAUCAGCUACCUGCAACGCACUGGCAUGAGCGCCGGUGUUCCUGGCCCUCCUGGUCCACCUGGAACACCAUCAGUUGAUGCUAUUAUAGCCCUAUUGCAGAGACAGGAAGUGAGGCAGUAUCUUGUGGGGCCUCCCGGCCCGCCAGGACCUUCAGGAUCGAGUGGGCUUGGUUCUAUCAACCAGCAGGAGUUGGCCACUCGUAUCAUCAACAUCAUGAAAAGUAGGGGUCUGCAAGUCGGUUUGCCAGGGCCUCCCGGACCUCCAGGACCCCCGGGGUCUACCUAUGGGGACAUAUCGGCACUGCUGCAAAACUCAGAGUUUCGAGGAUUUGUUGGGCCACCAGGGCCCCCUGGAACACCAGGAAGACCUGGCUCUCCUGGGCCAAUGGGCCCCUCUGGAAUUGCCACUGUUAGUGGAACAGGUUACAGGCUGGAAGACAUCAAAAACUACCUGCAGAAUGUAGGUUUCAGUGGCCUUCCUGGCCCAGCAGGCCCGCCCGGUCCCCAAGGGCCUCCAGGGGUGUCUGGAGGGCUGGUCUCCUACGCUGAGAACACACAGAAGGACCGCUUCCGCACCGAGCUCAUCCAGUACCUCACCAGUGACAGUAUGCGGCAGUUGAUAUCAGGCCCCCCAGGCCCCCCGGGACCUCGUGGAUUUAAAGGAGAGCGUGGUGACUCUGGGUACAGCAGAGUAGAGGGGGGGCUGAGCGGAACACUGGAUUACACUGCCAUGGCAGUUAAAGUAUCAGACUACAUAAAGACUCAGGGUCUGCUGCAGGAUGUCUCUUACAGCGUGUCUGAACGAGUGGGACGCCCAGGACACCCGGGACCCCCAGGACCCCCUGGACCCCCUGGACCUCCAGGGUACAGCCGUGUCAUUGCCGCGUACGGGAACGUCACGGCUGAUCUCAUGCAGUUCUUCAGAACUUACGGUACAAUUCCAGGACCUGUGGGUCCAAAGGGAGAUAGAGGAUUCCCAGGACACAAAGGGGAUAGAGGUGAAAUAGGACUCACAGGGCAGACAGGACUGCCAGGAUUACCAGGAAUCCAGGGAGAGAAGGGUGAAAAAGGGGAGCAAGUACCGGUUGGCUGGAGGAAAAGGAGGAACAUUGGAGUUUGAACUAAAAUAACAAACCAGUAUUCAAUGCCUCACUAAUUUAUAUAAAAAACAACAACUAUGUAGUACUUGAAACAUUAGACCCUUGGGGAUUGAAGCUGGGGCAGGUGCUUACCUGUACUGUUCUGUCCUUUGUUUAGUGGUUUGUGACUUUUAUAUUAAAUUUACAUUUUAAUUUGUUGAGACUUUAAUUGAUGUAAUGUGACCACUAUUCAUGCCAAUAUUCAAUUUCGGUUUACACAUUACAGCUUGCUUUUUUUAGAUUUAUUUCUACUUGGUUACCAACUGGAGUCUUGAACACUAAACUUUUUGUUAAAUUAAGUGGGUGAGCAUGUGUGUUGUGAAUUUUAGAUAUCCUUUGUUUAUCCCAUUUGACUGCAUAUUGGUCAAAUUGAAUGGUGUAUGGGGUACCACUCCCCACCCAUAUUAUUUAUCUUUUGUUAGUGUAACUGCAAUCGUGAUCAUGUUUCAGUUUCCAUUAGGUGACCCUGUUGCUUAUUCAAGGUUAAUUUAACAAAUCAACUAUGAACUUGAAAUUUCUGCUAAAACUGUAUACCCCAUUGAAGCAAAUGAUAUUUUCAGUAAAAUGUAAAACUAGAAACGAAUAACCUCAUCUUAAAAUAGUUAUCAUUGACAUUAAUUGGGUAUUUCUAAAAGCAAUGCUUUGAAAAUGUUACAGAACUUUAAGAAAAAAAGAUAUGUAUGGGUACAUUCACAGUAAUAAGAUUUGUGAAAAUGUUUUUUUUAAAACAGAACUUAAUAAAAAUGAUUUAAAAUAA